AUGCGUGUCUCGUCCUCGGCCUUCUUGGCUACUUUGCUUGCUUUGGCAGCUGCUAAGCCUGUUCCCGAGACCCAUGUACUUCACGAGAAGCGUGAUGUUGCUCAUCGCUUUACCACUUCCAAGUGGGUGAAGAGAGAUAGACUGGGGCAGAAUGCUGUCUUGCCUGUUCGUGUUGGCUUGAAGCAACAGAACUUGAACAGUGGUGCUGAGUAUCUUAUGGAUGUUUCGCACCCCGAGUCUCCUAAUUUCGGAAAGCACUGGACGUCCGACGAGGUCAUCGCCAAAUUUGCGCCUUCCAACGAGACAUUGACUGCUGUUCGCGACUGGCUCGUGAAGAACGGCAUCUCUGAUCGUAGAAUCACUCAUUCGGACAACAAGGCUUGGUUCGCCUUCGAUGCCACCACCAAAGAAGUCGAGAAUCUACUCCACACCCAAUACCACGAGUUCGAGCACAGUGCGACUGGAAACUAUGUUGCAGCCUGUGACGAAUAUCAUGUCCCUAAGCAUAUCCAAAAGCACAUUGACUUCAUCUCACCUGGUGUCAAGGGUGCCAACCUCCGCAAACGCGGAUCUAAGAAAGCAAAGCGAGCACUCAGAUUGCCUCCUGCCCGCAAGCAGGCGCCGUUCAAGCCUAGUAACAUCUCUUCUCUCAGCACUUGCGACCAGGUUGUGACGCCAGCAUGUAUUCAGGCACUGUAUCAGAUCGCUCCCAACGACCCUCAUGCCAAAGUCAGCCCCAACAACUCGCUCGGCAUCUUUGAGGAAGGAGAUUACUACGCCCAGCAGGAUCUGAACCUGUUCUUCGGAAACUUCACACCCUCCAUUCCCAACGGCACGCAUCCCAUUCCCAACUUUAUCGAUGGCGCAAAGGCACCUGUGAGCUUGCAGCUUGCUGGUGGCGAGAGUGACCUGGACUUUCAGCUGGCUUAUCCCCUCAUCUACCCUCAAACCACCACUUUGUACCAGACCGAUGACAUCUACUACGCAUUCGGCAACGACCCCAAUGCUACCGGUCUGUUCAACACUUUCUUCGACGCUUUCGAUGGCUCGUACUGCACGUACUCUGCCUAUGGCGAGACCGGCAACGAUCCCGUACUCGAUCCCAAGUACCCUGAUCCAGCAAGCAAUGGCUACAAGGGCCAACUCCAAUGCGGUGUCUACAAGCCUACCAAUGUCAUCUCCAUCUCGUACGGCGAACAAGAGCAAGACUUGCCCGCUUACUACCAACAGCGUCAAUGCAACGAGUGGCUCAAACUCGGUCUGCAGGGUGUUUCCGUCUUUGUCGCCUCUGGCGAUACGGGCGUCGGCGGUAUCAGAGGCGACGGCUCAGCAAACGGCUGCUUGGGUUCCAACGCGACCGUCUUCUCACCCACUCACCCCAACUCUUGCCCCUGGCUCACCAACGUCGGCGGCACGAAAAUCUACCCGGGCCGCACAGUCUACGAGCCCGAAUCUGCAGUCAACGACCCCGAAUCUCGCUAUUCCUCUGGUGGUGGCUUUUCCAACCUUUUCGAUGUGCCCGACUAUCAAGCUUCCGCCGUAAAGACGUACUUUGACGAGCACAAUCCUCCUUACAAGUACUACACCAAUGGUCAGUACAACAGCUCAGGCGGAGGCGUCUACAACCGCAAUGGCCGCGGUAUUCCUGACGUGGCAGCCAACGGCGACAACUUUGCCGUCUUCAACGCCGGCCGCUUCAUUCUCGAAGGCGGAACCUCUGGCUCUGCGCCAAUCUUUGCCUCGAUUGUCAACAGAAUCGUCGAAGAGCGCAUCAAAGUCGGCAAAGGACCUUUGGGCUUUGUCAACCCCACACUCUACGAGCAUCCUGAAGUGUUGAAUGAUAUUGUCAAUGGCACCAAUCCUGGUUGUGGUACCCAGGGCUUUUCGGCAGUGAAGGGAUGGGAUCCAGUUACUGGAUUGGGAACGCCUUCGUAUCCUAAGAUGUUGAGUUUGUUCUUGUCGUUGCCUUGA